AUGUAUGUCAAUUAUUAAUAGAAAUAAGACCUAUAUGAGAUUUUCACUUAAUUUAAACAUGUUGAUGAAGAAAUAUUCAGUUUGAUAAUUGAAAUAUUAAGAAGAGAGAAAAUCUUUGACUCUAUUGCAUAUCUUUCAGAUGAAGAAAACUAAAAACAUUACGAACAAUAUAUUUUUUAAGGUGGUAAUUUAGAAUAUUUUGAUAAAUAAUGGAAACUAGACUCUCUAAAAAAUAGCAUAAAGAAAAUUACUAAUAUUCUCAAAAAAAUUAAAUAACAUACCUUUAAUAAAAAUGACUACUCCAAAGAAUUUUAUUUAUUUACUAAAAAAAACCUAAUUUAGAAAAUAAGAAUGGAUAAGAUGAUCAUCAAAUCUUUAAAAUUCUUAGUUCAGCUCACAUCUAUUGAUAAUUAAUUCAUAUAAUGCGGAUCUAAUUCACUUCACUUAUUAGUAAAAAUGAAGAUUGAUCUAAAAAAUUAAUGUUUUGAAGGUAUUAAGAUAAGAAAUACCAAGUUGAUAGGAGCCAAUUUUUUCAGAUGCAAUUUGAAUGAAUCUUAAUUUGAGAAUGUAGACAUCAGCGGAAUAAAUUUGAAUGGGGCAUUAUUAUAUAAUUGUAAAUGGAAGUAAAUAAUAAUUCAUGAAACAAUUAAAAUAGAUGGACAUAAAGAUAGUGUUAAUUCAGUUUGUGUCUCUCCUGAUGGUACGAUAUUAGCGUCAGGUAGUUCAGAUUUUUCUGUUUGUUUAUGGGAUGUUAAAACUGGACUAUAAAAAAUUAAAUUAAAUGGUCAUAAAAAUUAGGUCUUAUCAGUAAGCUUCUCUUCUGAUGGUAAAACAUUAGCAUCUAGUAGUAAUGAUGGGGCUCUAUAUUUAUGGGAUGUUGGGACUAGUAUAAAAAAAACAAAAUUAGUUAGUCGUAGUUCAAUGCCUAUUAACUCAAUAUGCUUCUCUUCUAUUGGUACAACAUUAGCUUCUGGUGGUGCUGAUACAUCUAUAUACUUAUGGGAUACUAAUACAAGAAAAAUAAAAUUGAUAAUGCGUGGUCAUGAUAAUGAAGUCCUAUCAGUAAGUUUCUCUUCUGAUGUUACAAAAUUAGCAUCUAGUAGUAGUGAUGGGAUAAUAUAUUUAUGGGAUGUUAUGACAGGUAUAAAAAAAGCAAAAUUAGAAGGUCCUCCUGUUUCAAUUCAUUCUGUCUGCUUUUCUCCUGAUGGAACUCUAUUAGGUUCUAUUAAAGGAGAACAUUUUAUUUGUUUAUGGGAACUUAAAAAUGAUCUACAAAAACGAAUAUUCAAUUGUUAUGGCUCCGGAAUAUUAUCAAUAUGCUUCUCUCCUGAUAGUACUACUAUAGCAUCUGGAGGUUGGGAUAACUCUAUAUAUUUAUGGGAUGUUAACACAGGAAAAUAAAAGGCAAAAUUAGAUGGUCAUACAAGAUUUGUUCAAACUGUAUGCUUCAUUUAUGAUGGUAAGUUAGCAUCUGGUAGUGCAGACCACUCUAUACGUUUGUGGGAUAUUAACACAACGAAAUAAAAAGCAAAAUUAAAUCGUCAUUCUGAUUCUGUCCUAUCAAUAUGCUUCUCUCCAGAUAGUAGUACAUUAGCAUCUGCUAGUUGUGAUAACUCUAUACGUUUGUGGGAUAUUAAUACAGGAAAAUAAAAAGCAAUAUUAAAUAUAUCUACUAGUUCUGUCAACUCUGUAUGUUUCUCUCCUGAUGGUACUUGUUUAGCAUCUGGUUGUGGUGAUGGCUCUAUCCUUUUAUGGGAUGCUAAUACAAGAAGAUAAUUAGCAAAAUUAGAUGGUCAUACUUAUUCUGUUGAAUCAUUAUGCUUCUAUCCUGAUGGUACUUCUAUAGCAUCUGGUAGUUGGGAUAACUCUAUAUAUUUAUGGGAUGUUAAAACUGGAUAAUAAAAGGCAAAAUUUCAGGGUCAUACUAGUUCUGUUCAAUCGAUAUGCUUCUCCCCUGAUGGUUCUACAUUAGCAUCUGGUAGUUUAGAUGCAUCUAUUCGUUUAUGGGAUCUGUGGUCAAGAUAUACAAGAGCAAAAUUGGAUGGUCAUAGUAGAGGUAUCAAUUCAGUAUGCUUCUCCCCUGAUGGUUAUACAUUAGCAUCAUGCAGUAGAGAUUCGUCUAUCUGCUUAUGGGAUGUUAAAACUGGAAAUUAAAAGGCAAAAUUUGAGGGUCAUACUAAUUCUGUUCAAUCGAUAUGUUUCUCCCCUGAUGGUUCUACAUUAGCAUCUGGUAGCCUAGAUAUGUCUAUUCGAUUUUGGGAUAUAAAAACAGAAUAAUAAAAAGCCAAAUUAGAUGGUCAUAGUAGAAGUGUCAAUUCCGUUUGUUUUUCUCCAGACGGUGCUAGAUUAGCAUCUGGUAGUAAUGAUAUUUCUAUCCGUUUAUGGGAUGUAAAAACAGGAUAAAAAUUUUCAAUAUCCAACUAGAGUUAUGAAGAGUAAUUUUCUAAAGUUAACACUUCUCAAUUUUUGAAUAAUCCCUAAUUACAAUGCAGUAUUUAUAUAAUUUAUUUAGUUGAAAAUAUAACUGUAUUCCUCAUAUCAAAUUAACGAAUAUUUUAAGCUUAAGGGGCUUAAAUUUACAAAGGAUAUUUUGAAAAUCAAUUUGGUUUGGAUUUUCGAUAUUUAUUCAAAUAAAGAGGAAGUAAUUUUUUAGACAGUUAAGAAGAAAUCUUAUAGAACUUAUAUUGA